UUAAACUCUAAGCUACAGAACACACUCUUCUCUCACACAGCCGAUCUAGGGUUUCCUCCAUUUCCCCCCUUUCACUCAGUUCUCUCUCCCUUUUAAAAUGGCUCUCUCAGCACAAACUCCCGAUAUUAUGGGCGAACGUCAGUCGGGCCAGGACGUCCGUUCUCAAAACGUGGUGGCGUGUCAAGCGGUUGCCAACAUUGUAAAGUCCUCUCUCGGGCCUGUUGGACUGGACAAGAUGCUGGUUGAUGAUAUUGGUGAUGUAACAAUUACUAAUGAUGGUGCUACAAUACUCAAGAUGUUGGAAGUUGAGCAUCCAGCUGCCAAGGUACUUGUUGAAUUGGCUGAACUUCAGGACCGAGAAGUUGGGGAUGGGACAACUUCAGUGGUUAUUGUUGCUGCAGAGUUGCUUAAGAGAGCUAAUGAUCUGGUGAGAAAUAAGAUUCAUCCAACAUCUAUAAUUAGCGGAUACAGGCUUGCUAUGAGGGAAGCAUGCAAAUAUGUGGAUGAAAAAUUGGCCGUAAAGGUUGAAAAACUUGGAAAAGAUUCACUUAUAAAUUGUGCCAAGACAAGCAUGUCCUCAAAGUUGAUAGCUGGUGACAGUGACUUCUUCGCAAGUUUGGUUGUAGAUGCAGUACAAGCAGUAAAAACAACCAAUGCACGGGGUGAAGUUAAAUACCCAAUUAAGGGAAUUAAUAUUUUGAAAGCUCAUGGAAAAAGUGCAAAAGAUAGCUACCUGUUGAAUGGUUAUGCUCUAAAUACUGGCCGUGCGGCCCAAGGAAUGCCUCUUAGAGUUGCCCCUGCAAGGAUUGCCUGCCUUGACUUUAAUCUUCAAAGGACAAAGAUGCAAUUGGGUGUCCAAGUAUUGGUCACCGAUCCAAGGGAGCUUGAGAAAAUUCGUCAAAGAGAAGCUGAUAUGACUAAAGAGCGAAUUGAGAAACUUCUGAAAGCUGGAGCCAAUGUUGUUCUAACUACAAAAGGGAUUGAUGACAUGGCACUUAAGUACUUUGUGGAGGCUGGGGCAAUUGCUGUGAGGCGUGUUCGGAAAGACGACAUGCGCCAUGUUGCCAAGGCAACUGGUGCAACUAUGGUUUCAACGUUUGCUGACAUGGAAGGGGAUGAGACAUUUGAUUCAUCAUUUCUUGGAUAUGCAGAUGAAGUUGUGGAGGAACGCAUUGCAGAUGAUGAUGUUAUUAUGAUAAAAGGAACCAAAACGACUAGCGGCGUUUCCUUAAUCCUCAGAGGUGCUAAUGACUAUAUGCUUGAUGAGAUGGAUAGGGCUUUGCAUGAUGCUCUAUCAAUUGUCAAGAGGACCCUUGAAUCCAACACGGUGGUAGCAGGUGGAGGUGCUGUUGAGGCUGCUUUAUCUGUGUAUUUGGAGUACCUUGCAACAACUUUAGGAUCCCGAGAGCAGUUGGCAAUCGCAGAAUUUGCUGAAUCUUUACUAAUAAUACCGAAGGUGCUUGCUGUGAAUGCUGCAAAAGACGCGACUGAAUUAGUUGCAAAACUACGGGCUUACCACCACAGCCAAACGAAGGCAGAUAAGAAGCAUCUCUCAAGCAUGGGACUGGAUCUUUUAAAAGGAACUGUCCGUAAUAACCUAGAAGCUGGGGUUAUUGAGCCUGCAAUGAGCAAAGUGAAGAUCCUACAGUUUGCAACAGAAGCAGCCAUAACAAUUCUUCGAAUUGACGACAUGAUCAGGCUUGUCAAAGAUGAAACUCAGAAUGAAGAAGAUUAGAGGAGAGCAGCGUCGGAGUUGUUGCACGUAUUGCAGUAUUAUUGUUAUUAUUACGGGGAAACAAUUGACGACAAGGGCCUUUUUGUCAUUUCUGUUUUUCUCCAAUGGCCCCUUUUCAUGGUUUGAGAUGGAAAAUAUGGUUUGGGAACAAGAGCAAUCUCUCCAAUUUUUCUAUUGUUUGGUUAAUGUAUUAUGGUAGUUCAAUUUUGUGGGAAUUAGGCAAAAUUUCAUAGAGGAGUUUGGUCGUCCAAUGUGAUUUGGGAAGCAUGGUCCUAAGGUGCUUGGUGUUUACACCACAUAUAUGGAAUCCAGAUUCCCCUUUUUUGGUUCUCAAAAUGUCAAAUCUUCCAUCAUUAUUGGGAGUUUUUGCUUGUGUUUA